ACUGUGAGCAGCCUCCGUCCAGGAGGCGGCGCUCGCGUCCGCACCAGACAGAAACUCGCCACUUCGUGUUGAUGACGUUUGGACUGAAAAACAGGAAAUUCUGUAGAAACGAAAAGUUUGUGACGUUUGGACUCCAAAGAUGUCUUGCUUUGACAGCAAUAAGGGGAGUUUGGAGGAGGACAGCUAUGAAGGAGCUGUUGGUGGAGAGCUGUCGAGCUGUGCCUUGGCAAUGCUGGAAAAGGAGCGGGAGUCCCUUCUCAGCCCUUCAGAGAGCCCUGGCACAUUCGUGAGCAGCGCCUCCACAAGUUUUCAAGCUACUGCCCCCCUACAGGGCUAUGAUGUGGAAUUUGUCCCACCCCUGGAGAGUAAAUAUGAGUGCCCUAUCUGUCUCAUGGCUUUGAGGAAUGCCAUUCAAACACCCUGUGGCCACCGUUUCUGCAAGAAUUGCAUUGAGAAGUCCAUUCGUGACACAGGACAGAAGUGCCCUGUGGACAAUGAAACUCUGUCAGAAGACCAGCUUUUUCCUGAUAACUUUGCCAAACGCGAGAUUCUGUCACUAACUGUUCGCUGUCCAAACUCUGGCUGUGCUGACAAAAUGGAGCUCCGACAUUUAGAGAACCAUUUGGCAUGUUGUCUGUUUGCCACUGUGCCUUGCCCACAAUGCCAACAGUCUGUGAGAAAGAGCCACCUAGAGGAGCACACAACUGUUGAGUGCCAAAGGAGACCACUGUCGUGUCCAGAUUGCGUGGCAAUGUUUGUUUAUGAGGAGAGAGAGCUCCAUGAAAAGCAGUGUCCCUUUGCCAAUGUGAAGUGCGAGUACUGUGAGAUGGAUCUCAUCAGAGACCAGAUUGAGACUCAUUGUGAUACAGAUUGCCCAAAAGCACCGAUCGCUUGUAACUUUAGCAUCUUCGGAUGUAAGGAGAGGAUGCAGCGCCACAACUUGGCUCAGCACAUGCAGGAGUUCACACAGAUGCAUAUGCGCUACAUGGCUGAGUUCCUGCGUGGCCUUUGCGUCAAUGGCACCACACCCAAAUCCCUGUGGACGAUAGGACCUUCUGUUUCCUCUGAGGAUCAAGGAGCUGCAGCAGCAGCAUCUGCCUGCAGUGGACCCAGAGGAACUGUGAGCUGCAGCAGCAACUGUCCCCCGUGUCAGCCUAGAGAGGAGAUGCAGAGGCUCAGGGAGAUGGAUGGACGACUGGUAAAGCAGGAUCACCAGCUGCGUGAGCUCAUCAUCAUAAAAGAAAAUCAAGCUGGCCAGCUCGCAGAGCUCAGGCGUAGAGUGUCAAUGCUGGAGGAGACAGUGAAGGAGCUUGAGUCCCAGCAGUGUCAUGGUAUCUUCAUUUGGCGCCUCAAAGGUUUCUCUGUCCACCUGCGGAACCAAGAAGAAGGCCUGCCAGUAGUUGAGCACAGCCCCGGGUUCUACACAGGGCGUCCAGGCUACAAGCUUUGCCUGCGCUUACACCUGCAGGCCCCCAGCGCCCCGCGCUGCUCCAAUUAUAUUUCCCUCUUUGUUCACACCAUGCAAGGAGCUUUUGAUGGGCAGCUCACCUGGCCUUUCCAGGGAACCAUCCGCCUUGCCAUCCUAGACCAGGGCCCUGAGGGUCAGCACCAUGUGGAGGUGAUGGAGACUAAACCAGACCUGCAAGCCUUCCAGAAGCCCACCAUUCAGCGCAACCCCAAAGGAUUUGGCUAUGUGACCUUUCUGCACCUGCAUCAGCUGAGUCAGAGAGCCUUUGUUAAAGAUGAUACCCUACUUAUCCGCUGUGAGGUGACCCCACGUUUUGACAAUGUGCUUCACCGGGAGGGACCAGCAGUGCAGCCUAGAGGACCCGAGGCUUCAUUUUCAAGGGACUAAAGUUAAAGUCGAAUCUAUUGGAUCACUGUAGUGUCGCCAUCAGCAUAGUACAUCUCCCCAAAAUACUUUGCUCGGUUCAUUUUAAUUGAUAGACUUCAGGAAGAGGAAUUUUUUUUGUUGUAAUAACUAUUUACAGUACAAUCUUUUUUGAUUCAGUAGAAGAGGUAUGUACUUCUCCACAGAGUACCAGCAUUCAACAAUUUCAAGAUGUGUAAAUAGUCAGUAAUAUAUAAUCUUCUCAUCAUCACCAGUUGAAGAUGACCACUUGCUGUCUGCAGACUAACUACAGGAUUUUACUUUCUUGGUCUGAUUGUUGUAAACAGCACUGAAUAUCAAAGAUACCCUGUGGAGUUUUUGGCCACAAGUAAACCAAUGUUUUUGAUAAGCAAAUCCCUGUUGUAGCGUUUGCCGUAUCCUCUCCUGGCACACGCACAAGGAUCUACACGUAUGCGUCGGGGAAUGUGGAUCACAUUGUCAACAACUGUGUAGGACCCGACUAUUAUUGGAAUUGCGAGUCUGGUGAUGCGCUUGGUGCCAAAAAGAGAUGUUGAAAUGGCUAUGUAAUGAACAAUGACAAAGUGCCUCCGAAAUUAUACUUCUCCUAAUCACAGUUUGAUAUCUUGAUCCAACAAAAAUAAAUCUCUGGAAGAGCUCUAGCGGUUUAUUGUUUUUCUCCAGAGAAGGAUUCCAACAUGCAAGUGGAAUGAAACCUGAACAGCUUUUUUUCUGUGUAUGCAUCAGGUGAACAGCUGUGAUUGGAGUGAAAGGAACUUGGUAUCCAUUUGUUUUUAUAUGCUACGUCAAUGGAAGAUGCAAGAGUAUCUUAUCAACUGGAGAAGGUGAAGCAGCUGUCAGCGCAAAGAAAUAACAUUAAUCCUCUGUAAUCCUUUACAAUUCAAUGUUCUGCUGGGAAACCUCGGAUUCUGGCAAUCAUAUGGAUGUUCUUUGACGCGCACCACCCAUCUAAACAUUACUGAUGAAAUACUCCAGGUGGGAGUCCCCACCCUCAAGGUGCAGCACCCGAAGGAUCCGACGUCCCAAUGCCAAUGACUCCAAAAUCCCCCCAGAGGUCAUGUGACCCUUCCCCUGACAGGUCAGACCUGUUUUGGCAGCAUAGUGUUGACCUACAAAAUAUCAAGCAGGUGGUUUUAAUGUCAUGGCUGAUCAGUGUAUAUUUCUAUAGGAGACAUAAAUCCAUCAUCAUGGGUCACAGUCUUUUCUUCAAAACCAUAUAGUGCCUGUUACUUGAUGUACUUAAUAUAUUGCAUUUUUUUGUUUUCAUCUUGUUCUCUUGUUUCUCCAUCUGUAACAUUAAAUUGUGAUAUCAUUCAAAGUGAGUUGAUUGUAUAAACAGUGAUUGAUGUUUGCUGUGAAUUACAGUAUAUGACCCAGCACUGAUGAAAAUAUCCUUAAAUUAAAGUAGAGCUUACAUAAACUCA